AUGGGGGUAGCUGGGGACCACCAGGACGGGGGUGACAGUGCCCAGAGUGACAGGGACAGCCGCGGGGGUGACAGAACGGGGCCGCCGCCGCCGCCCGCAGCCGCGCUCUCCCGCAGCGCCAUGGAGCAGCCCCGGCUCAUCACCGACUCCUUCCCGCGGCGGCGGCGAACGGGGCGAGCCCCGGGCAGGGCCAAGCGCAGGGGCUGCCCCCGGCCCCGCGCCCCCCCGCCCGCCGAGGACCCCCCGCCGCCCCCCCCGGACCAGACCCUCCUGGAGAUGCUGCGGCGCUUCGACCUGGCCUGGGAGUACGGGCCCUGCACGGGUAUCACCCGCCUGCAGCGGUGGGAGCGGGCGCAGGCGCUGGGGCUGAGCCCCCCGGGCCCCGUGCGCGACGCCCUCCUGGAGCACCGGGACAACCCCGAUGUCACCUACAGCCUCUGGCACGAGUACGCCAUCUGAGGGGCUGCGUCCCAACGCUGGAGGGAGGAGAGGGGGGGGGCCCCCAUGCCUGCUGCCCCCCCACACACACCCCA